AUGGCUGAAUAUAAGUUUGCAUUGUACAAAUUUAGGGAUUUGCGUAAACUAUAGAAAAUAAUAAGAAUUUGGCGAAUCCAUCAAGACAAGUGAUUAUCAAAUGAUGAUAAAUCCAUUUUAUAUAAUAAAUUAACUUUUAUGUACGCUUUACUUUCAUAAUGAGUGACAUCUCCAAUAAUGAUACGAUUGAGAUGUCUGAGAAGCCGGUUCAAGAAAACGAAGAUGUUAAAUUCCCGCCCUUCCCUGAUCCAACUGAUAAUGAUUUUGAGGAUGAUAUACCAGAGGAAGAAAGAACUUAUUACAAAAAUAAAUUUAAAGACUUGAAUACUGUAACCAGUGUAAGAUUACACUGUUCUGCUUGUGAUCGUCACUUAGGAUGCUCAGCACGCAAUGAAAGUCGGAUGCGUCCACAUCCACUGCUCCGCACGUUAGUGUGCCAUACUUGUCACACAUUUUAUAAUAGUGGAGAAUUUGAAAAAGGUGAUGAUGGUUCUGAAUUGUAUUGUCGAUGGUGUGGACAAGGUGGACAAGUUUAUUGCUGUUCAGGAUGUCCACAUGUGUUUUGUGCGAAAUGUAUAAGAAGAAAUUUGGGAAAUCCAAAAAUUAAAGAAAUAGAGGAAUUAGAUGAUUGGAAGUGUUUUAAAUGUAAUAAUAGAUGUUUAUGGGAUCUUCGUGCUAUUUGUUGGGCUGUUCUUCGCUACUGUGACUUAAAAAACAAAAUAACAUACGAAACACAGGAUUUGGCUUUGAAGGAGACAUACCAAAAGCAUUGUUUAUUAGAUCACUCUGAAUGUUGUAAGAAUAAAUUUAGAAAAAAAGAAUCCAAGAGAAAGGAACCAGAAUCUACUCCGUCUACAAGAAAGUCAUCAGCUGCUGCUCUUAUUUCUAAAAUACCACCAACCAUUCAGGUAAAAAAAUUUGCUUCAAUAAAUAUGGAGGAGUCUGUUAAUAUAAAAUCUGAAAAGAAAGCUCAAAAACGCCCAGCAAGUCCUAAACACAAAGCUAUAUUGAUAAAAAAUCCUAUUGCAAUAUCAACUAAAAUGGCUAAUCAGAUGAUUCCAGUGCCAAAAAAGAUAAGAAUGCCAAUUUCUCCAGUAAUUAAUCCAGUUAGAUUUAGCAAUGACAGGAAAACACCACACACCUAUAGCAACUUUACACGAAUAAGACCCAAACCACCACAAAUGUCGAUCAUGUUUAAUGGAUUUAACAACACUGCUACAUACAGUAAUGAUAAUAUUAAUUUGUCAUUAGAAAAUUUAACACAGGGUUUAGAUAUGUCAGCUGUUGCAGCAAUUGCAGGCAGCUCGAAUGAUGAUGAUGUUGUUUGCACACCAGAUUUUCCUCUGGAACCAUUGUGUGAGGUGACUGAAGACAAUGGCGAUGAUGAUGUACAGUGCAUGACACCAGGCCCAGCGUUCACACCGAAGCCCCCGCCGCCGCUUGUUGCACGCAAUAAUAAUACUUUACCAGAUCUUAGUCCUGAAAAUAUUGUACAAAUGACUGAAAAUGAUGUUACAGUAAAUACUACCACUGGUGGUUUAAAGUUCAGAGUGGAUCCCCAAACCUUAUCGUCUAACAAAAUGUAUCGCUUGCCGGAUGGACGAAUUUUUGCGAUAAAUGCAAAUCCUACUAUGCCAGGAGGGUAUUCGGCUACGAUAGUCGCUUUAACAGAUAAUAAUUCAGGAAAAGCUACAUCAAAGGGCACAACAUUUGCUGCGAAAUUAAGCGCUGUUACAGCGCAGGGUGCGACGCCUCCUCCUCUAAAAUAUGUGAGUCGAAAUCAAACUAGUCGCAGUCCAAAUAAACGGAGUACACCUAAAUCUACAAAAGUUGGUAAGGGAACUGACUCAUCUAGAAUUUGUGACUUAAAUGUACCCAUAGAAUGGUAUCGAUAUAAUUUAAUUGAUGCCAUUGAUGCUCUUGAGUACUCAUUAUCAAGAUUACAUCAUUUAAAGAAAAAUGCUACUACCAUGCAUUUACGAACUCGUUCAAUUAAUGAAAUGCGUAACUUACAUAAGUCAUUGGAGCGUUCAUUAACAACAUCAAUGACGAGGUUUAAGGAAGUCCGAGAUAAUUUGAACAAAGAGUUUAAACAAUAUAUUUCAAAGAAAAUGAGUAACAAUCUCAGUGAUGAUGAUGAUGUUGAAAUAUUACAUGAGGAUGAUAAUGAUGAUCCCAUUUUUAUCGAUGAAAACUCACUUGAAUCAAAUGCACAUGAUAACCAGGAAGUUGAUUUGACGGCUGUUGGCAGCAGUGAUCUCAAUGAUAGCAGUGAAAGAUCAUCAGAGAAAAAUGAUUUAUCAAGAAUUGAAGCCGAUACUUCGAACACAGAACACCAUGACAAUAACUUUGUAAAAAUUAAUAUGUCUGCUCAAAUUUUAGCCAAUAAACAGAAUGAUCAUGAACAUUUAGAAAAACAAAACGUUCACAUUAAUCUUGAACAAAAUACUGACGAAAAAGAUGACUCGAGUGAAAACCAAAAUGAGCAGGAUAUUGAAAAUAAAAACAAAACAUCCAAUGAGAACUUUCAGUUAGAUUGUAAAGAAUUAAUAAACAAUAUUGUUUGUAAAACAGAAACAUCAAUCAGUAGGAUUAAAAAGAUUGAGAUGUUAGAUGAAGAUAAAAUCUUAAAUGAAAGUUUAAUUCCUCCAGAAAACGACAAAAAGAUUCAAGAUGCAGAAAUAAGUGAAGAGAUGAUUGAAAAUUUGUUGAAAGAUGAUAAUGCAGGUGAUGAUGAUACUCAGAACAUUCAGUCCUUGAAUACUUCAGAUGAAAUAAAAGAUGUUCUCUCGAAAAAGGACUAGUACUGAAUAUAAACAUGAGGUAAUUCCUAUAGUUAGUAAGCCAAUUGUGGGGAUAUAUAUAUACUAAUGAUUAAAAUCAGAAAAAUACUGUUUUACUGUCUUAUCAUUAAGUAACUGUAAGUAGAAAAAAAAAUAGGAAUUAUUGUGUAAUACGCAUUUGUGACAAUUUGUUCACUUGUAAGUUUUCAUACGAUAAUUAUUUCCUAAUUACGAAAUUUUAGAGAGCAAAUAUAUGAAAUACGACUAAUAUAUUAAGUUAAAAUCGUACAAUAUUUGUUACAUCUGAUUAUUCAAGGCAUUAAGAAUCCUUUAAAUGUCGAAAUUAUAGUCACAAAACCAUUUCUUUGUAUCAUUCAGAAAAUGGUUAUUUUUUGUGUUAUAUUGGAAUAAAUGUAAUUAAUAAUGAUUUCAAAUUGACAUUAAAAUAAAAAUAAGUACAGUUUCUAAGAUAGAAGAAAAUAAGUACACUUAAAUUGCUUUAUUAUAAUAUCUUAUUUUAAUAAAAAUUAAAUUUAGCAACCUUUAUAUGUUUAUAAUAACUGCAGUCUUACUUGUCGAUAAAUACUUGAAGGGCGAUUUAUGAAGUACGCGUAGUAUUCAUUAUUACUUGGUAUUUAUCAGCGACAAAUUUUGCCUUAUAGAUCUGUUUUAAAUCGUUAUACAUAUAUACGUGUAUAUAUAUAUAUGGUGCUUUAUAAAACCAACAAUUUUAUAAAGCCCCAUAUAAAAACAUAAAUCAUAACUACAUAAGGCUUUUUUAUAAAUAGUAUUUUAAAUAUCAACUCAACUAAAGGUCAACUCAUGAGUCCGGCCAAUAAGUCAUUGAGUUUUGUCGAGAAGUUCUCAGUAGCAGCCCUAACUUAAGAAGUUGACAAUGCUAACACCUUCGUGUCUUGAAAUGCACAUAAAGCCUUGGUUGAACGCCUAAUUAUUUCUGGUCGUGUCGGAUUGCUAUCCAAACGCCUAAUUAUUCAACAAUGCAAUACUCGUGUAAAUUCAUUCCUUUCAGCUUAUGACUUAAAUAGGUGACCGCUGUCGCUGUGCUUCAGCACAUUUAAUACUAUUUUUUCUCAAUUUCUCCCAUUCAGUUUUCAAUUGUAGUGCACAUUAAUUAGAUUUAGUGCGUUACAAUAGUAUUGUACAAUAUGGACAAAAUGAAACAUUGCAAUAAACUUAUUUACCUUCAAAUGAUAAUUAAAUAUAUAAUUUAUUAUUUCUAAUUAAUGGUAUGACCAAUAAUAUCAU